UAGAAAUCAAAUAUUGGUCCCUCUUCCCACCUGACGUGGCAAAACAUUUCCGAAACCCUCUUUUUCACUAUAUAAAUCCAUGUUCAUUCACUAAUUGCUCCACCAAAAGAAUACAAUUCCUUCUUCAAAUAAUUUUCAGAUUUUUCGUUUUCGAUCAGAUAUAAUGGCUGUUGAAUCCGAUGUCUCGACCCCCGUGGCUGCCUCGACUCCGGUGGCCAAUCUGGAAAUCGAAAAACAUGCUAAGGCUCUUCAGUUUAUUGAAGAUAUGACCAAGAAUUGUGAUGCAGUCCAAGAGAGGGUUAUUGGUGAAAUUCUGGGCAGAAAUGCUAAUACUGAGUAUCUGCAGAGAUUUCAACUUAAUGGUGCUACGGACCGCGAUGCUUACAAGGCUAAGGUUCCUAUCGUUACGUACGAGGAUCUUCAGCCGGAGAUCCAACGUAUUGCCAACGGUGACCGCUCUCCUAUCCUUUCGUCCCACCCCGUCUCUGAAUUUCUUACUAGUUCUGGGACGUCGGCCGGAGAAAGAAAGCUUAUGCCAACGAUUGCUGAAGAGAUGGACCGCAGACAGCUGUUAUACAGCCUUCUCAUGCCCGUGAUGAACCUCUAUGUGCCAGGACUAGACAAAGGGAAGGGCCUUUACUUUCUUUUUAUUAAGGCUGAAACCAAGACUCCAGGUGGGCUAGCGGCACGUCCAGUCCUCACAAGUUACUACAAAAGUGAACAGUUCAAGAAGAGGCCACAUGAUCCUUUCUUGGUGUACACUAGCCCUAAUGAGGCCAUUCUUUGCGCUGAUUCAUUCCAAAGCAUGUAUACACAAAUGUUAUGUGGCCUAAUCAUGCGCGAAGAGGUUCUCAGAGUCGGGGCAGUUUUCGCCUCCGGCCUACUCCGGGCCAUCAAAUUCCUUCAACUGAACUGGAAGCAACUUGCUGAUGAUAUCUCCUCUGGGAUAUUAAGCCCUAGAAUUACAGACCCUUCUAUAAAGGAAUGCAUGUCCAAAAUUCUCAAACCUAACCCCGAACUUUCUCAGUUUAUUACUAAGGAGUGUGAAGGUGAGAAUUGGGCCAGCAUCAUCCCAAGAAUUUGGCCAAACACAAAGUACCUUGAUGUGAUUGUUACUGGUGCAAUGGCUCAAUAUAUUCCCACCCUUGAUCAUUACAGUGGUGGGCUACCACUUCCCUGUACCAUGUAUGCCUCAUCUGAGUGUUAUUUUGGGCUCAAUUUAAAGCCAAUGACCAAGCCUUCUGAAACAUGUUACACCAUCAUGCCUAAUAUGGGAUACUUUGAGUUCAUUCCACAUGACCCAGUCAAUCCCACGCCACUGUCACGUGACUCUCCGCCCCGUCUCGUUGAUCUGGCUGACCUGGAGGUUGGAAAAGAAUACGAGCUUGUGAUCAGCACGUACUCAGGAUUGUGUCGUUACAGAGUUGGUGACAUUCUCUUGGUCACGGGGUUCUACAACUCGGCACCCCAGUUCAAGUUCAUAAGGAGAAAGAAUGUUCUCUUAAGCAUUGACUCGGACAAGACAGAUGAGUCAGAAUUGCAAAAGGCCAUUGAAAAUGCUUCUGAGCUACUAAAUGAAUUCGAUACUAGAGUAGUCGAGUACACUAGUCAUGGCGACACUAAGACAAUCCCAGGACAUUAUGUUAUUUACUGGGAAUUGCAUGUAAAAGAUCCAGAAAAUUCCCCAACUCAUGAGGUCUUGAACAAAUGCUGCUUGGUUAUGGAAGAGUCAAUGAAUUCGGUCUACAGGCAAGGUCGAGUAGCGGACAACUCAAUCGGACCACUCGAGAUAAGGGUGGUGAAAAAUGGCACAUUUGAAGAGCUCAUGGACUAUGCAAUUUCAAGGGGUGCUUCAAUUAAUCAAUAUAAGCCUCCAAGAUGUGUCAAUUUCGCACCCAUUCUUGAACUGUUAGAUGCCAGGAUGGUCUCGGCUCAUUUUAGUCCCUCUGCCCCACACUGGACCCCAGAACGACGAGGUUGACCUAGUAGGUAACGGCCCUCAGAUCAAUAUAGAAAUUUCAUCAGAACAAUCUGGCUAGUUACCAACAAACAUGCCUCUAAGUCUAUGGACCAAAAAGAAAGAAUCUCUCUCUCUCUCUCUCUCUCUCUCUCUCUCUCUCUAUAUAUAUAUAUAUAUAUAUAUAUAUAUAUUAUGUUGGAUGUUGAUGUGAUCUAAGCUUUAGAAAGUGUAUUGCUUUUAGCAUAUGUAUCUUGAGCUUUGCAGGGUGUGUGUGGUCUUAGUCUUGUAUUGAUUUUGUGUGUAGGUUCAAAUAAUCUGUACGCAUGAUGUAAUUGCUUUGAUGAUGUUCUUUCCUAAAGUUGAACAAAAGCAGUCCAAAGUAUAACUUUAGUGUGUGAAUAUAUCUUGUUUGUCUCAUCAUCAA